CGGGCUCUCCGCGUCCCGGCGCGGGCAGGAGGAGCAAGGGCGCAGAGGUGAGCGGUGCUCCGGGAACGCGAGCCUCGAGGCCGGCGCGCGGGCACACGGUGCUGGCGGCCGAUUCCCGGGACCGCCUUUGCCACCUUGCCUCCUGGCGCCCGCUUACCGGGGCUGCCCGGAGGCCGCGGCGGGGCAGCUGUUGCGCGGAGAGGGGGGCAGCUGCGGAGUCCCAUAACCAUAGCAACCUCAUCAGUACCGCGGCGGCGGCGGCGGCGGCGGCGGUGAGGGCAGCACCCUCUCGCUCCUCCUCCAGGCUUCAUCGCUGAAGGGACCUGAGAGCCAGCUUGCAGGUGCCCGGACUCCGAGGUCCGCCCACCGCUGCUGGAAGUGUCAGCGGCCAGAGAAGGAGAGGAAAGCCAGGAACCCAGGAGCUGUGUACCCAAGAGGUGAAAGAGGGGAGCCCUGCAGUGACAGACAGGUAAUGCACCAAAAAGAUCAUGACUGAAGUACAAGGAACAAUUGAGUUUUCUAUAGAGCUCCAUAAGUUUUAUAAUGUGGAUCUCUUUCAGAGAGGGUAUUAUCAAAUCCGAGUGACCUUGAAGGUGUCCUCGCGGAUUCCCCACAGGCUGAGUGCCUCUAUCGUUGGACAAACAGAGAGCAGCAGUUUGAAUUCAGCGUGUGUCCAUGAAAACAUCGUGCACAGCCGAGUCUUUCAGAUAUUAUACAGAAAUGAAGAGGUGACCAUAAAUGAUGCUGUGAUCUUUCGAGUUCACUUGCUCUUAGAUGGUGAAAAGGUGGAAGAGGCACUGAGUGAAAUUGAUUUUCAACUCAAGGUGGACCUGCAUUUUACGGAUAGCGAACAACAACUGAGGGAUGUGGCUGGGGCACCCAUGAUCAGCAGUCGCACUCUUGGUCUUCACUUCCAUCCCCGGAGAGGUCUACACCAUCAAGUUCCAGUGAUGUUUGACUACUUCCACCUAUCCGUUAUCUCGGUGACCAUCCAUGCAGCCCUGGUUGCUCUGCAGCAGCCCUUGAUCAGUUUUACUCGUCCAAGAAGAGGCUCCUGGCUUGGUAAAGGUGGCUCAGACUUGGGACCAGAACAAUCUAGCCUUUCUUUGGAGAAUCUGGUCUUUGGAGCUGGAUACUGCAAGCCAACAUCUUCAGAGGGGAGUUUCUAUGUGCCCUCAGAAAACUGCAUGCAGCGCGCUUACAAGUGGCACCGGGAACUGUGCUUUCUGCUCUUGCAUGCCUACCGAGGACUCCGUGCCUAUUUCCUGGUCAUCAUGAGGGACAUCCCGGAGCUGCCUCACACAGAGUUAGAAUCCCUUGCUGUCGAAGAAACACUUGCUCAGCUAUGCUCAGAGUUACAGAUAUUAAACAAUCCAGAGAAGAUAGCUGAACACAUAAGUAAGGAUCUUACUUGGCUCACCUCCCAUCUGAUGACACUUUGGACCCAAUUUCUAGAUACAGUAACUUUGCAUUCUCAAGUCACCACUUAUCUCACCCAGGAACAUCACACAUUGCGGGUCCGAAGGUUUUCUGAAGCUUUCUUUUACAUGGAGCACCAAAAGCUUGCGGUCCUGACCUUUCAAGAAAAUCUGAUCCAGUCCCACAGUCAACUAUCUCUGGAUGUUAGAAACUCAGAGUACCUCACCACCAUGCCCCCACUGCCAGCAGAGUGCCUGGAAAUUGAUGGUGACUGGAACACACUGCCAGUUAUCUUUGAGGACAGAUAUGUGGAUUGCCCUGCUACAGAGGCAGGUACCACAAUAACAAAUCUCAAAGAUCAAGAAGAGAGCCGUAUUCUAAACAAAAAACCAUCCUUCAGGGAAGACCUUGUUUUGUCCAACAUAAAACAACCUCAAAUGGACUCUGGAGAGAUUAUUAGGUGUUCAGAGCCAGAUGAGACUUCAACCACUCCAAAUCAUAGUGGCAAACUCUCUGAAUCUCAGGUAUAUCUGACAAUUGGUGAAUUCCAGAGCAAAGCAGAUUUGCCUAAAGAUGAAUCACGAUCUGACCAAAGGUUUGAGGUUGGAGCACAUUCCAGUACCGAUGUGGACUGGCCCAGAAAGAGUCCAGGCUCAGAGGAUGCCCAGACCUCAACACUGACCUACAUUGAUGUGAAACCGAGCAAUAAGAACCCCUGUAGAAAUGAGCCCACAGUGGUUAUUAGCACUCUGCAUGAGAGUGAGUGCUCUGCAGUGAACUCUGACUCAGAUGGUACUGUGCUAAGCAAAGAGGAAGUAGGUAGAAAUAAUCAAAAUGCCAACUCUUCAGAAAAAUCGAUGCCGCAUGAGUUACGUGUUACAGGAAAAGGAGCUGACCAGGAGGGUAAACUUGUGCUACUGAGUCUGAAGCUCAUGCCAUCUGAACCUUGUGACACUGUAAAUUCUGCUCUAAGGGAUCCUUUGGACACUAGAGCUUCCCCAAAAGACUCUCACAAAGAACAGGAAGAUAUGUCAUUGCUCUCCGGAGUCAUCAAGAGGUCUUCUUCCAUCAUCUCUGAUUCAGGCAUUGAGAGUGAACCAAGCUCAGUUGCCUGGUCUGAGGCUCGAAGCAGGGCCCUCGAGCCACCUAAUGAUCGGGAAGUCUUACACCAGCUGGUUCGACGACAUGCUCUGCAUAGAAAUUCCUUAGAAGGUGGACACACCGAGAGCAACACGAGUUUGCCAAGUGGGAUUCAAGCAUCGCUUACUUCUAUUAGCUCUUUGCCUUUUGAGGAGGAGGAGAGGGAGUUGGCACUCACCAAACUGACUAAGUCUUUAUCUGCACCCCAAAUUAGUAGCCCAGAGGAGUCUUCUGAAGAUACAGAAGCUGUACUUCAAGAUGAAAGUCUUAUUGAAGCUUCAGUUGAACAUAUCAAGAGCAAAGAUUCCCCAGAACACUGCCCACAACUUUGUAAUGGCUCCAGGAUCCAGGAUAAUGGGGCAGAAGGUUCCUUUGUAGAGGUGAUUUUAGAUGCUGACGAUCACCAAGACCCUGGUUAUAUAGACAUACCCCAAAGUAAAGAUCUUCAAGCAUCCUGUUGUCUCGAUGACAGGACUGAAAAUUCUCCAGAUGUUGAAGCCAAAGUUCACAAUUUUGAAAUACCACAUAAUAUAGCAAUUGGAAGUCCUAGGAACAAAUCUGUUCCUAGAGAACUUUUGGAAAUCCCAAAGGACAUGGCCAAAGACUUGAAUGUGGGGAAUAGUUCUCUGUCCCAAAGCACCAUCUUUGAAAAUGAGGCUACCACCCACCACCAGGUGCCUGAAUUGAACUGUAUGUCAAUUGCUGAGGCCGUUGAGGAAAAUGGCUCAGCUGGCAUUGUUGAUGCUACCAUUUAUAGCAGAAGAGCUGACACCUUCACGGAGCUUGGACUUAAAGCAGGCACUGUGUGCUCCACUGUGACUCCUUCCCUUCCCUCCCAAGUUUUAGAAAACCAAGAGCCAAGGGCAAGCAAUUCCAUGACAGUGUCACAGCAGAACUCUUCAGAGACUCUGGACAGCCUGAAGACCGUGGAGGUCAUCAACUUAUCUGUGUAUUGCACUGCCACAUGUCUUCCUUUCUCAUCUGUACCCAAGGAGACUCCUGCCAGGGCUGGAUUCUCUUCCAAACAGACCCCAUUUCCUAUCACUCAUCAACCUUUGGGUUCCUUUGGAGUAGUUUCUACCCAUUCUAGCCCGCUGGAGGAAGAAGUCAGUGAACGGAUGUUCAGUUUUUAUCAGGCCAAAGAAAAAUUUAAAAAGGAACUGAAGAUUGAUGGAUUUUUGUACAGUGACUUAUCUGUACUGGCUUCUGAUGUGCCAUAUUUCCCACCAGAGGAAGAGGAGGAAAAUUUGGAAGAUGGGAUUCAUCUGGUUGUCUGUGUCCAUGGUCUGGAUGGAAACAGUGCAGACCUAAGACUGGUAAAGACAUUUAUAGAACUGGGUCUUCCUGGAGGAAAACUGGACUUUUUGAUGUCUGAGAAGAAUCAGAUGGACACCUUUGCAGAUUUUGACACCAUGACAGAUAGGUUACUGGAUGAAAUCAUUCAGCACAUUCAGUUGUACAACCUUUCCAUCUCUCGAAUUAGCUUUAUUGGUCAUUCUCUUGGCAACAUAAUCAUAAGAUCAGUCCUCACAAGGCCCCGAUUCCGGUAUUACCUCAACAAACUUCACACAUUCUUGUCACUGUCUGGGCCUCACCUAGGGACCUUGUAUAACAACAGCACUUUGGUUAGUACAGGUCUGUGGCUCAUGCAAAAAUUGAAGAAAUCCGGAUCUCUUUUACAGUUGACCUUCAGGGAUAAUGCUGAUCUGCGCAAAUGUUUCCUCUACCAGCUCAGUCAGAAAACAGGGCUGCAAUAUUUUAAAAAUGUUGUGCUCGUUGCUUCUCCCCAAGACCGUUAUGUGCCAUUUCAUUCAGCCAGGAUUGAAAUGUGUAAAACAGCCCUCAAAGACAGACACACAGGGCCAGUUUAUGCAGAAAUGAUUGACAACCUUCUUCGUCCUCUGGUGGAAGCUAAGGACUGCACUUUAAUCCGACACAAUGUGUUCCAUGCCUUGCCCAACACUGCCAACACCCUCAUUGGCCGAGCAGCUCACAUUGCAGUUCUGGAUUCUGAACUCUUCCUAGAGAAGUUUUUCUUGGUGGCAGGACUCAACUACUUCAAGUAGUGUCUUGGACAUUGUAAGAUAUGGUAGCUUGCUAGAAAUGCUAAAGAUGUAUUGAAGGUUUCAGCUGGGGCAUUCUUUGUAGACCUCAGCCAUUCCAGGUUGGAGCUCAAAAAGAAAGGUCUAGAAGAAUGGGGCCAGACAUUUGAGGUGCUUUUAUUUUUGAAAAUAGAGAAAGCUGAAUCAGUAGUGUAAAAUAUGACAGAGACUUUGCCUGACGUGUAUAGCUAGCUGGAGUCUCACUAAAGAAAUUUUCUAAAAAUAAUAUAUAUAUAUAUAUAAAGAAUAGUUGGAGAUGGUGAGCCCACAGUUUAAACCACUGGUUCACAGAAAUUGCUCUAAUUUUACUAGAUUUGUUCAGAAUGCGACUAGCUUAUAGCUUUAUCAUUUUGAUUAAAUUAAGUGCACACAAGCAUUUCAGAUCUCAGGUUAAUCUCUGUGCAGAAGUGGAACAUAUUUUGUGUAAAUAUAGCCCUUAAUUCAUUCUAAUCAACCACCUGUUCAAUACUAUGUGAUGCCCAUUUUCAUUCCCUCCUCAUGUUUUCUUAGUAAGGGACAAAGGAAUGCUUUAUAAAUCCAAGUUUAUUUUAUAACAGCAACAGUCCAGGUAUUUAAAGUGCAGGGGAAUAGAGGUGAUGCUAUCAGCAAUUAUAAGUUUAUUAUAAAGACAAGUAUCUAUAUAAAGUAUGUGGACUUGCUCCACCUACUAUAUUAGACUUUUUCUAUGCACAGACAUAGUCCACAAAAUAUUUUUCUGGUUGCUAAAAUCUGCCUGUUGUAAGGAAACUUGACAUAGACUAAACUUUGCAGAAGGGGAAAUUGAGAUUAAAGUGUAUAUGUGAGGUGCUCCUGCUGAUACACUUCCAAAGAAAUGCUAUGCUAGCAUUUGAUGGAAUUGAAAAAAAAC